UUGAGGUGGUGGACUGGUUUUAUGCAAACAAGUAAAGGGGCGGCAGCAGACGUUUCCCUGUCACCGAUAAAACAAAACCCAGUUCGAGUUUAUUCGUUUCAAGCGUAGCAGUGAUUGGGGUUGAGCUGAGCGGCUGUGACAGCUAGGGAAAAGCUAACUCAAAAAUAGGAAAAACUUGACUAAACACAAGCCAUAGCGUGAACCAAACGAAUUCGAACGGAGGAGCAGCUACACAGGAAGAACAACAGCAGUAGCAGUUGUGUUGUUGUGCUCACAGUGUGCAGUUCAUUAAAUAUUUCUGUUAUUUUCGUGCCAUACUAUCGAAAGGACAUCUUCUUUUGAAUAUCGUGUGUGUGUGCUUUAUGUGUGUUUAUAUGUGUGAGUGUGUGAGGCCCCAAACGUUGAUGGAGCAUUGAGCCAAAUAUUUCAUCACCAACAGACCGAAUAAAUAAAGUCGACGGACUGCGAGCGGCCGUGACAGGAUAAGCAAAGCUCAACGCAGGCUUUUAUACGAAUCGAAUGUGGCAAGUACCUUCUGUUGUAUAGUGGCAAACUGCUGAACGAAGAAAGAGAAGUGUAUUUGUGCGCCAGGAAAAUUACUGAAACUGCAGCUUCAAGACGUCUCACAAAAAGCGCAUGAAGAUGGAGAAGACUCCCCGCUACACGCAACGGGAGCGCAAUAUGGUGCUGGGCUUCGCCGCUCAAUAUAAGGACGUCAUCGAGAAUAAACGUACCGAUGCCGAAUCGAAUCGGAAGAAGGACGAAGUUUGGCGUCAAAUAGCAAAGGAGUUCAAUGCGCGUGUCUAUCAUCAACGCUCGUCCAAGCAACUACGUCAACUAUAUAAAAAUAUGAAACUGCUGCUAAAGAAGGAUCUCUGCGGCGAAGGCAAGGGCAAUCGCACAUUUAUGGAUCUAUUGAAUACACUGUCGCAGCAAGAAUCGGUCGCACAAUACAUAUCGGAACAGAUGUCGCCGAACGGAGGUAGUGGUAUUGGCAACGGCGGCUAUGGCAGCAAUCGACAGCACAAAUACGACGAUGACUACGAUGACUCAAAGAACCCCUUUCCGCAACUCGCUUCCCUCGCCUACGAUGGCAUGGAUCCUGACGUGAUUGUCAUCAAAUCCGAGGACAUUAGCGAUAAUGACCAAUCACAGCCGCCGGAGGAUAUGGACGACGACGAUGGUGACUGUCUGAGUUCGAAGGAUAUACCGGAAGUUUGCUUGGAGGAGGAGGAUGAUGAGAUAUUCGCCACCGAUUUGCGUCAAUCGACCCCUCUUCAGUCAGCUCACGCGUCGCAGCGCGGCUCUUUUGCUUCGAACGCUGCGCAUCAGCAACAAAAUGGUUCACAACAACAACACUCCCAACAACCCGAAGUAACAAUACAAAAUGUCGGCGGCAUACGCGUCGGCAGCAUCGGCAGCUUAGCUAAUCUCAAAGCGCUGCAGAAUGGCGGUAACAACUCUGCGCUUAGCAUACCGAACAACAACCAUAAUAAUGGCAGCAGCAAUAAUGCCUCCAAUAGCAAUGCACACAGCAACCACAAUGGCCGACAUACGCCCAGCACGCGCCAGCAGGUGAGCGCAGAGCAACAAGCUGCUCAACAAUUGUUACUUAAUGGCCUUGGCUUAAGCGCAGUGCAUCCGCCGGAGCCGCCACUGCCACAGCUGCAACGCGCCACACACACCGGCAACAACAAUAGCAACAAUAGUCUUAUCAAUAGCACGAAUCAGCUGUUGCUGAGUCUGAACGCAAACGCUGGCUAUGCUGGCAUACACAAGAGCAGUCACAGUCACAGUCAUAACCACCACAAUCACAAUCACAACCAACACAAUAGCCAUGGUAAUGGCGCUGGCGCUGGCGGUCUGCACAAUCACAGCCAUAGCAGUAGUGGCAGCAGCAGCGGCCUUGGCGGCAUGCAUGGUGCCAAUAGCCGCAACAACGACUAUCUGAUGUCGCUGGCGAUAAAGGAGCGCGAAAAGAAGAUUGACUUGUUGAAUGCGCAAAUUGAUUAUUGGAAGACGUUAACGAAGAAGUUAGAUGCAAAUGUGACGCACAAUCCAACACCAGCGUGCCUCUGCCACUUUCCCGGCAAAGUGAAUGGACUUCAAACUCCGACGAGUAGCAGCUAGUCCGACACGGAAGAGGAGGAGGAAGAAGAGCGGGAGACGAGUAAAGCAGCCGAAAAUAUAGCGGAGACGGUUGACGCCUGUGGUAUGAUUGAAAAUGAUGCAGCUGCUUUGGGCAACAGUGCACAAGCCGUGGCAGCAGAUGGUGUGGCGGCGGCUGGUAAAAUUGUAGAAAAUGAAGCGCGCAGGGUGGGCAAAGCUGAGCUCGAACUUGCACCGUCCACAAGCAAUGCUACCAUAAGCGAUACUUUCAAAUUGGCGGCAGAGAAUUUCGAAAUUCUCGAGUUAGACGCCUAUGCGGAGGAAAUGGAAUUUGACGAUGCGGAGGAUGUGGCAUGUCUGCUGGUAAAAAUGUAUAAAUAAUUGCACAACGUCAGCUGUAGAACGUGCAACUACAACAAUGCGCGCACAUCUAACCGUUAGUUUUAGUUAAUAGGCCUAUGUAUUCGUAAGUUUUAACGCAUCAAAUGUCUUGUGUUCAUAAUUUUUUAUGUUAUGCGUUUCCUAGUAUUUGUGCAGUUAUAUUUUUGUUAUGCAGUAUUUUUUUGUGGAAAUAGAUUAAUUUACUUUGCAAUUUGUACUUCAUAGUUUAUAGUUGCAUGUGGAAACAUUUGAUUAAAAUAUAAAAUGUACAAAUAUGGUUCCUAUCUAGUCCUUUUGUCAUAUAAGAAUCGGAAAACCAAAAACCAAAAACAAAAAAAAAAAAAACAAAAAAAAAAUACAUCAAAAUAAUGGUUUAUAGAAAUGCAAAUAAUCUAUUUUUGCCAAACCGAAAACACAAAUAAAAAUAUGUAAAAUUUCAAAUGAAGCUAUAUUUAAAACCAAAAAACUACGUGAAGUUGCCAUUUUCUUUUACCAAAUAAUAUAUAAUUUAUUAGACAUAUUUGAA